CAAAUUACGAAAGAGUCCAUCGAAAUUUUACAAUAUUGGAAAAAACUCUACUUUGAAGAAUGUGAGAAAGUGAAAAAGUAUGGAACUUCUUAUUGGUGGAGAUUCGACACUCGAAUUUUAUUCGAUGAGACUGAUCAUGUGAUUUCCAUUUGCGAAGACCUCGGAAGAAUAUCUACGGUACUUCAAGAACUCUAUAAUAUUUUCAAUACCAAUUUGAGAUUUUUUGCCGAAGAUAUGAAGGAUCUUAGCGUAUUGCAAAACAGGAUAUUCGGUAUGACUGCGGUUAUACAAUAUUCCGGCAUUGAUGCAUUCGAUUCCGAAAUGAAGACUGAGUGGGAUCGAAUCACUCGAAUCUUUUUCCGAGACGUCAAAAAUUUCGAGGACCAAAUGAAGCAGUACAUAGGCAGGAUGUUCCAAUCGACUUUGUCUUGGGAAAACGCCUACAUACUCGCCAAAAGUUUCGACAGAGUCACCGUCUCGAUGUCCAUCAGGGAAUUCAUCUUGAAAAGCCGGGCCGACAUGCUCAAACAGUUCAUCAGAGAAAUUUCCGAGACUGAAAAUCUAUUCAUAGCCCAAGAGCGAGAACCACCGCAGCUGCACGCUGUGCCCGAAACGGCAUCCGCUAUUCUGUGGGCGCGUGAUCUGAUCAUAAGAAUAUCCAAGCCGAUGUCUAAAAUCAGAGAUUCUUUUAGAAUGGACGAUAAAGACAAAGAGGCAAGUAACAGAUCCUUCAAAUCUCAAAUAGUUUAA